AUGAAAUCUCUGUGUAAUGCUAUGAUUUGACAAAAAGAGAGUUAACUGCCUUUUUUGUUGAGACUCUUGUGCUGGGUGUUUCUGAGAUUUAGGAAGUUAUCCGUGCAUCUGUAAUGCUAGUGGUAUGGUUCCAAUUGCCAUUGUAUUUCACCGACUGUCAACCCCUGAUAGAGUGUAUUCUCACGGAAUCUUCCCAGAUUCAUACAAUGGGAGACCAUCACUGAGUUUGAUGGCAAGAAGAUCAGGCAUAAUAGGAAGACACUGAAGACAGGAAUGUGGCCACCAGGGAGAAGCACCCGUUCCCAAGAUGCUGGUGCCCUGCCUCCUGAGAAGAGCUGUCCUUACAGUACCUUUAAUUUUUCUGCUUGCACUGCUCCUCAUGGAGCCUGUUAGAGCUGAUCAAGAAGCGGGAACAGCCAUACCAGCUGAAAGCCGUCCCUGUGUUGACUGCCAUGCAUUUGAGUUCAUGCAGAGGGCUCUGCAGGAUUUAAAGAAGACAGCAUAUAAUCUAGACACACGGACAGAAACACUGCUUCUUCAGGUGGAAAAAAGAAAUCUGUGUGACUGUGUAACUGCAAAUCUGAUAAACUGAAUCCUGGAGGCCAGCCAAGGAGUGUCACCUGUUCAGCGAUUUUUAAAAAGCAGCUGUAUAAAAUACAGCUUUAUGGAGUUCAUUUUGCAAGCAUGUAUGCCCCAAUGUACUGAGGAAAUUGGGGGGUUGUGUCUUAUGUGUUUGUUUGUUGUUUUUUUUUUAAAGUCCUCUCUUUUCACAUCCACUGGGUUGUCAGUAAAGGAUCAGUUCAAUAAAUCUGUUACUUGGUGUCAGAAUGGGGGAAAAAUCUACUUGCUUUGAUUUUUAAAUCAGAGUUGGCCAAGUGUAACCCACAGGAUAAAUAUGGCCAGCAGUGUUCUAGAGACACUUGCAGCUGAUUUUUGUGUCUAAUGUCAACGUAUCUCUGUGGCAACUUACCCAAUUAUACUGAGAAGGGGACUUGUGGUCUCUGUCGGUUUUGCCUCUUUGUUAAAGAUGAUGGAAGUCCUUUUUGCUUGUUAUGUGUACUGUGACCAUAUUCAGACAUGUUGCAGUUCUGUCAGCUGUAAUGAGGUAUGCGUCAUGAGGAGGUACGUGUGCUGUAGUUGGACCAAAAUGGCCUAUAUCCUAGUGUGGAGUCUUCUGGUAUCCUGGGUAAGAGUAUCAUCCUUUUAAUUAAAACCUUGCAUUUCUUCCUCUCAUCCUCCUCGACAAACCACUUUAAAACCAUCAAUCUACAAAUAGCUCUACCUUAGCAGGUUAAAUGGGUUGAAUAGAAAAAUAGAAAAAGGAGAAUAAGACCAUGACUAGGCAGCCUUGCCAGUUCCAGCUGUACCAAGAUGUUACCACCAGCAGCUGCUCAGGACCACAAUGCAGAAGGUUACAAACUCCAUGUAUUGCCAAGGAGUUUUUUCGUAUGAGUGUUCUUUACUUUACUUCAGGUGAAACACAGUGGUUAGGUCAAUCAAAUUUUGUUCAUUCUGUGAUAUUGUAAGGACUAAACUGUAAACUUUUGAAUCUCUCCUUGUAGUUGUCUUUGGAAGCAGCUAUUUUGUUUCAGGCAUGAAGAAAGAGUUGUGUACCUGAAAGCUGAGCUGAUUUUUUCCCCAACACUAUCAUUUUGUUCUAAGAUACUAUGCCUACCUACAAGUCUGAAUGAAGCUGAACAGUUUGAGUAGAUGCUCUUGAGUUUGUUUGACAUGAUUUGCAGCCUUCUUAGACCACUCCAACCGUCGGGCUGCAGAGUGCUGGCUAACUGGCAUGGGGAGUGGAAGGGAGCUGGACAUCUGAAGGUCAAAACCUCUUCAGCUGAAUUUGGGAGAAGGUGCCUGUCUGCAGCCUCACCUCCCUAACUAAAAUGGCAGGACUUUACUGGAAGUGAAUUAGAGAGGAGUCACAGAAGCUGCUCUGGCAGUGCAGCUGUAGGUGUGGUAGCAAACAAUUGGCAGAGUAGGGGAACACAAUAGACUGCCUGAGUGGUUUGCAAAAUGAAUUUCUGUCCACAGUUAAACCGGGUUUGGAAACCCAAUUUCUUCACACUGAGGAGUCCAGCAUGCCCUUCUGGAUGGGAUCAGGACAAUAAGCCAGCACAGAAGUUCAUUGUGAAUGGGAGAGGAAGGAAAAAAAUAAAGCAAGCCUUUUCCCUGUGCUUCAGAAAGCCACUCCUUCUCAUCCCUUAGGAACAAACAGCUUUACAAAGCCUCUGAAUUCUGGGUAUCCCCACUGCCUGAUGGCAGGACCAGUGCAGAGACCGCUCCACAGGCAGGAGAAAGCACUGCUUUAUGAAGGGAAAGAAAUGGGACAGCGAACCCCAUCACAUGCCUACUGCCAGUAAGCUUCGCUGUGCCCAAGGAGGAGCUAUGCAAUUACUCAGAAAUUUGGGUGUCAUAUGUAGUGUACAAAAUCAGUCCUGACCAGAGGAAGAUGACUGCUGUACCUAGCUUUCACUCCUUGCCUCUGCUUCUGCCUUGGCUUUUGCUCAGGCCGCUGCCCUGGCUGCCUGUCUGCGCUGACCGUUGGAUGUGCUGAUCAUCACUCCUGUGCCAUAGUGACAGCAAUUACAGCAGUGCACUCCAUAGUAGCACACUUGUGCAGGUCAAAAAUGUCAGAGGACGAUUGUAUGUUGUUGUGCUCGUGGUACUGAGCUGGGAAUUGUUCUUAUAUGUCCUUAUGUCUUUGAAGCCCCUGGCACUGUUUUGCCUCUUGUCCCUCUUCAUCUUCACAUACAGUAUUUUCUCUGCACUCUGCAAGCCUGGCAUAUUUUUAACAUGAGAAGAGGAAGUGCAAGGGCUAGAAAGGGUUUGUACAAACAAACUGACUUUCUCUUCCAGUCAUCCUUAAAAUCUGCCACUGUGCCUCCUACAAGAAGUGCAUUUUUUUUCUCAAUAUCCAAAGGUCACUGCUAAAUCCAAACCGUUGUUUUGUAUGUAUUUAACAGGGCCAUCAGAACCUGCAUGUGGCCUUCUUACUGUACACCUUGUCCUGUUUUAUUCCCUAUACUGCAUUUUGUAGUGGUCUCUUGCUUUGUGACUGCACUGAAAGCUGUUUGGGGCAAAGAUCUUAUGUUAAUAGCACUGGAAGUUGGCCAUCCCACCUUCAGCUGUUGUGAACUUAUUAAAUAAAAAUCAAUGUAAAAUA